AAAAGCUGUCGACUCUCAGGCUACGUGCGGCUCGGGGAUAUGUUGGCAGAAGCAGGGUCCCUGACGAUGUUCUUGACGACUUACGGCGUUUUCUGGUGCGAGGAUCCUUACUUGAACGUCCGCGGUGUAGGGUGUAUCCGGGUCGUUGAUGAUGCUCAGUACAAUAGAACAGAAGCCCACUCCAUUUGCAUUGACGAGUAUGCGAAGCUCUUCUACGCCGAGAAUCCAGUUCAUCUGAAUCGCCUUUACACCAACUUCCUCUUCCUACGGGCAGAGAAGACAGUGGCCUUGUGGGUAGCGACUGUUUCGGGAUUUUGGGUGCUUAAACCUACGGAGAAUCGUUCAAUCGGUGCAGAUGAGUUAGAACCUUCCAAAAUGGUCACCGAUGAAAGCCACACCAUCAAUCCCAUCACUGGAAAACUGGUGGGAAGAUUCGUGUCGGACACUGCUGGCUACAUUUGUGAGAAGAAGUAUCCUUAGAUAAUUUGGCAUCUCUCUCUCUCGCUCUCUGGUCUUAUGCUGUUGCCUUCGCAAAGCAUAACUUCCCCUCAGUGUUUGUAUGAAAUGUUGUAAAGUGUCUGUAAUAAUUCAGAUUCCAUAUUAAAGUUAGCUUAGAGCAUGGGCGUCUGCUGCAUAUUUUCCAAGAGG